UAUCCAUAUACUCCAGCACAUGUUACAAAACCGAAAGAGCAAAAAAAGAUCUUUUUGGUUCAUCUUCCUGAAAAGAAGAUCUUAUCUGUUCCUAAAAAUAUGAAAUUGCUCGCUGUUCCAUUAUUUGAACUCUAUGAUAAUGCACAACGUUAUGGUCCACAAUU